AUUCGCAGGUUGCGACGUGUCUUCGUAUUAUGCGUCAUUCGUGCAAAAUGGCGACGUCAGAGCCGCCGUUUUAAGGAAGAAGCGGGACUUCGCGGCGAGUUUACUUUCCGGGAAUUGUCUACGUCGUAAUUAGGUGCACGGACCGACACAGAGUCCUAUCAGUGAUCACGCGAUCAUCCAGCAACUUUUAGUGAACGCAAUCAACCUUUCGGAGCCGCGGCACCAUGUCGGACGAGCCGAAGGAGACGAAGACGGAGUCAGAGCACAUAAACCUGAAGGUGCUGGGCCAGGACAACGCCGUAGUCCAGUUUAAAAUUAAGAAGCACACACCCCUACGCAAGCUGAUGAAUGCGUACUGCGACCGUGUAGGUUUGGCAAUAGCAGCAGUAAGAUUUAGGUUUGACGGACAACCCAUAAAUGAAUUAGACACACCUACCACACUAGAAAUGGAGGAGGGUGAUACAAUAGAGGUGUAUCAACAGCAGACUGGUGGUUUUUCGUGUUGAGACGCAAUGCAUUGCGUUUUCAAAUGGACUAAUUGAAAUUUACCGUUCCACCAGUGUUUACCAUUAACAUAAAAUGAUUUAUUUUUAUUUUUUUGUUUGCUCCGUUCUCUGUGAUCGGGGACUUUAAUACAUCACACAAUGUUUAAGAUUCAAUUGUACAAGUUAAAUUUAAUCUAACUUAGUUUUAUUUCUUUCGAUCUCUUGUUCUCUAUCUAUAUGUUUGUUACACUUUAAAGUAAUAUAUUCUCUGAUUCAUUUAAAUGCGUACAUUACGCUGUUGGUUGAAGUCCCCGUUCCUUGAAACGGCCGUUUACUAUAAGUUUUAUAUUUGAGUACAAUUGUACACGCGCAGUUUGAUAUAACGAUGCAAACUUUCGUUACCGAGAAAGGGAGAGAGAGAGAGAGAAGCAAAACACAAAUAUAAGAGGACACCUAUUAACAUCCCUCAUUGUCAAAAUCUAUUAAAAAGUCGAGAUUUUCCAUGUAUAUGGAUUUUUACAUGAAUUUAACAAUUAAUAAUGCAUUCUCAUCUUUAGAUAUAUCUUCUUUCAGAUAUUUGUAAAGAGUGUACAGGAAAAUGGUGUAUAGAUUAGAGCAAACAUUUCCAUUGAUACGAGUAAAAUUGCCUGUCCACAAAAACUUCUGGCUUUCGCCUGCGCUUCAUAAAACCGAAUUUUGUACCCGUAUUGUCAUUAUCUAUAUUUUCUGCAUAGCCCACUUGUACAUGAGCGAGAAUAAAUUGUACGUUUAUCUUUUCUAAAAGAAAAAAAAAAUCUUUCAUCUUCUAAUAAGUGGCUCUACGCCAUAUCAUUUUGGGCAAGGGCAUGCUACAUGGCAUACUUAGAGGGAAGACACUGGAUAUAGAAUAAUUAGUUUUUCUUUAACAAAAACGCAUAGUACGCAGUAUAUAUUUUUAUCAGAAACUAAGUAUCGCUAAUGUAAAGUGUAUCCCAGAUCCACGAUCCAUUAAUUAUAUUUACUAAAUGUAAGUUUUACAUGAAUGUAAAAUACAUGUAUUUAAAGUGUU